AUGGAGAAGUUUCACUUCAACCCAAUUCCAUUAAAUUCCAAAACAAUUAAUUACUUCCCAAAAAUCGAGACACUUCACUUAUGGAAUGUAAUGGAUGAAAACUUUGGCAACGGAUUUAUAACCAACAUAGAAGAAAAUAAAAUUGUUUCAAAGAAAAAGUUUUAUCGAAUCAUUGUGUGGUUCAAUGUUGAUUUCGAAACUGUUGAUAGAAACAAAAAUCGAAACAUCGAAUUUAAAAAUGUCACUUACACUAAAAACGAUAGAGAGAAAUUUGGUAAUAACAUACCAUCAAUUGUUAAAUCAAUUGGUAAUGAUUGUUUCUAUAAAUGCAGUAGUUUGAGUUGUGUCAACAUACCAUCAAAUGUUACAUUUAUUGGUGAUGGUUGUUUCAGUUGUUCUAGAAAUCUGAGCAGUGUUACAAUACCAUUUGGUGUUAGAACUCUUGGUAUUCACUGUUUCAGUGGAUGCAGUAGUUUGAGCAGUGUUACAAUACCAUAUAGUGUGACGUCAAUUGGUAUAUAUUGUUUCUGUGGAUGCAGUAGUCUGAGCAGCAUUUCAAUACCAUCAAGUGUGACAUCUAUUGGUGAUUGGUGUUUUGGUAAUUGUAGUAGUCUAAUUAGUGUCAACAUACCACCCAGUGUUGCAUCAAUUGGUCAUAGUUGUUUUUCAUCAAACGCUAUAAUUUACCGAAGCAAAUGA